AUGAUUGAUCCCUCGAACACCAUGAAGGAAUUCAGUAUCAACAGCCUCGAGGCUGUACGAUUAAUUUCUUUUCUCCUCAUCUUGAUCAUUCUCUACGAACUGAUAGCUGCCUUUCGGGACAAUUGGGCAGUAUAUAAAUUCGGAAUUGUUUCUCGAUUGGCGGCAGCUGGUGUAUUUUGGAGUUUUGAGGGUUGUCUUUGUGGAGCUGGGAACUUUGGUGUUGUUAGUGGGGGCUAUGGGGUUCGCUUGAGGAGAAGACAGCUUGGCGAUGAUGCUAAACAGGGGAGGAGGAAGGCUGCUGGCGUUGAGACUUAG